AUGCAGUUAAUCUCCCAUUGGCAGUGCUCUCAGUUUCCUGCUUGCGUCUUGCGCAACCUUGAUGAUAUUCUGUCAAGUGGGCGGUGGAUAAACCUUCCGACCUUAAGGCUUACCAUGGUCCCUAAGACAAUCGCCGCAGAUCUGCUUGAGGAGGACGCCCGCUGGCCACGUACGUCGUGGGAACUGUGGGGUCAUCGGACCUUGGAGCCCGUUACCCUUCGCCACUUCCGAAACUGCCUCGAACAACGACCUCACCAGCUAGCCUUUGGUCCUUGUCUUUCGUGGCUUGUCAUCAGUGGUUUUGGAUUGGUUUCGACGUGAUGAAUACUAAUUUUAA